UUCACUUUCUGUUAUAGACAGAAAAUGGAGGAAUAAUGUGAGCGUCAUAAAACUUAGACAAUACGACAACACAGCAUUUCACCUUUUGUCAUUUAAUUCAGUUAACAGAUUCGCUUAAUUUGACGCGCGCUAUCGAGUUUCGCGUCUCAAGCGCAGUCAGGUUUGCGCAGACAGGUGAGAGAAGAGAAGACUCGUUUCGUUUUAUUCAACAUGUCGGAGGAACUGCUGGGGGAACCAGGAUGGCUGUCUGAGGAGGUCAAAACCGGGACGACCAUCAUCGCUGUUACCUUUGACGGUGGAGUCGUCCUGGGAUCUGAUUCUCGUGUAUCGGCAGGGGAGUCGGUGGUGAAUCGUGUGAUGAACAAGCUCUCCCCCCUCCAUGAUAAGAUCUACUGUGCUUUAUCUGGAUCUGCGGCUGAUGCUCAAACCAUUGCUGAGAUAGUCAACUAUCAGCUGGAUGUGCACAGUAUUGAGGUGGAAGAUGACCCACUGGUUUGCUCUGCUGCCACUCUGGUGAAGAAUAUUUCAUACAAAUACAAAGAGGAACUAUCAGCGCAUCUAAUAGUUGCAGGGUGGGACAGGAAACGAGGAGGACAGGUGUAUGCAACACUGAAUGGUUUACUCUCUAAGCAGCCUUUUGCUAUCGGUGGGUCUGGGAGCUUUUACAUCCACGGGUUUAUGGACGCAGAGUACAAAAAAAACAUGACAAAGAGAGAAACCCAAGAGUUUGUAGUGAAUGCACUCGCUCUGGCCAUGGGUAGAGAUGGUUCAAGUGGAGGCGUUGCAUAUGUUGUCACUAUUGACAAAGAUGGAUCAGAAGAGAAGUGCGUUUUAGGAAAUGAACUACCCAAGUUUUUUGAUCUGUAAAACAAAUAACUUUGCUCUUUAAGGACAUUAACAUACCACAAUGUACACCCAUGUGCAUUCAAAAUACAGAAUAAUAAAAUGAUCAGUUUGUUUA